GUUCGACGCAACUUCCACGACUGCGAACGUCAAGGGAGCGUCUUGAGAUUGUCUGCCUCAUCACCAUACUAGCAUUGUCCCUCUAUCUCGCCGCACUUAACUUCAAGGCCCUGACGCAUCUUGGCGAAUGAUCGAGAGGACUGAAGCAACAUGCAUCUUUAUCUUGGUCAAAAUCCCCGUACUAUAUACCUUGUCACUGGGCCGCAAGAUGAGCGACAGGGGAAGCCCAGCAAAGCUCUCGUCUUUCAUGCGGCAGAGGCUAAUGAAGCACAAGUAACUGUGGAGUUCCUACCGAGGAGAGAAGUACAGCUUGGAAACACUGUGCCGCUCACAAACAGGGUGGUUAAAGGCUGCCUAGGCUUGAUCUCAGUGGAUAGCGAUACCUUCUUGGCAGUUGUAACUUCGGCGGCAGAAUUAGGGAAUACUCGUCCUGCGGAGUCCUCUCCUGAAUGCGUUGGCAAGAUUCACGAAGUUUUGUUCUUCUGCCUAACAUCAUCAACAUGGGACGAUUUCUCGGGCUCUUCUGAUACUAUACUCAACCCUGACAUGGCUGAUAACAUGAUGUCUCGAGACAACUACGCCGGCAACAAUACUCAAUCUGUAUUUGAACAUCCCUGUUUACCUCUAACCAAAAUCCUGUCUUCUGGCUCUUUUUACUAUGCGCUCCACCCGCACUGGGACAUCUCGUCCAGGCUCGCCACUCGUCUCACUCGCGACCGACAUUCAAAAACUGACCUGAGCACCUUUGAUCCUCGCUUUAUAUGGAAUGAGUACAUUGUUCGAAGUCUACUGGAUUUUCGCGAAAGGUUGGACCCUCUCGAAAGAGAAGACCUGGACAAGUGUCAAUUUAUAAUUCUUGCGAUUCAGGGAUAUGUUGGUGUAUUCACCAUGGCACUCCCGGCACCACCCACCAAUGGCACACCCACAGUCGCAACCUUGACAUUAUUUUCGCGCCUGGGUUGGAAGCGAGCCGGUACUCGCUUCAAUACUCGUGGGGUCGACGACGAUGGCAAUACAGCCAACUUCGUUGAGACGGAGACUAUUUUGAGCACGGAUCAACAUAGUGUUAGCUAUACUCAAGUUCGCGGAAGUGUUCCUCUUUUCUGGGAGCAACAGGGUCUCCAAACAUUUGGUCAUAAGAUACAGAUCACCCGACCUCAUGCUUCUCAACCGGCCUUUGAACGCCACUUCCAGCAAUUGAUGGAGGAGUAUGGUGCUGUACACGUUAUCAACUUACUUGGCUCGAAAGAGAAUGAAGCUACGUUGACGAAUGCGUACGCCAAUCACCUUCAAGCCGCCCAAGGGAUAUGGCAGAAUGACCUCAGUGUCACUCAUUACGACUUCCACAACGCUGUUCGAAUAGGUGGACACGAGAACAUUGUCCGAGAUUUGAGACGGAUAGAAAUUAUCAAUGAUAACUUAGAUCGUUAUGGCUUCACCAUGUGCGAUCUCAGCACAUCAGAGUUAGUCACGGAGCAACGCGGCGUGUUUAGGACAAACUGUUUGGAUUGCUUGGAUCGCACGAACUUUAUAGAGGACAUUCUAUCAAGAAAGGCACUGGAGCAAUAUCUUACGCUUGUGAGGCGUGAGUGGGUGCAGUCGGUUGCGCUAUGGACUCACCACCGUGAGCUUUGGGCGGAGAACGGAGACGCCCUGUCCCGCAUAUAUGCCGGUACCGGAGCGCUCAACACAAGCUUUACGCGCACGGGAAAAAGAACGCUUGCAGGUGUUCUUUCUGAUGCUACCAAGAGUGUGUCCAGAGCCUACAUAAAUAACUUCCAAGACAAGGGGAAGCAGACGGCUAUUGAUAUGUUUCUCGGUAACCUCAGUAAUCAACGCCAAGUCAGCAUUUUCGAUCCCAUACACGAGUCUGUGAGGCGUGCCCUCGAACAAAGGCGUUCAGAGUAUUCCAGUACAAAAUCAUGCUCCAUCUUUGUUGGCACGUGGAACCUCAAUGGAAGGAGUCCUGGGGAAAACCUUAUCCCAUGGUUAUUCCCUCGCGAUAGCAUGGCUGAACCUGAUAUGUUUGUCCUUGGGUUUCAAGAAAUAGUCCCUUUGACAGCCCAGCAAAUUGUCCAGACUGAUCCCGAGAAAAAGCGUGCUUGGGAAAACAAAAUAAUGGACGACCUCAGUCGGAGAGCACGAAAAGCAUGUGACUAUGUUAUUCUUCGCAGCGAACAGCUCGUGGGCACUGCACUGAUCGUUCUCGUAAGGUCUGAGUUGACCGCAACCAUCCGUAAUGUCGAAGCCGCUACUCGCAAGACGGGACUAAGGGGCAUGUCUGGCAACAAAGGCGCCGUUGCUAUUCGUCUCGACUAUCACGACACCAACUUCUGCUUUGUAACAGCCCAUUUAGCUGCCGGUCACUCUAACGUGGAAGAAAGAAAUGCUGACUUCCAUACCAUCACCGAUGGCCUCCAUUUUCUCAAGGGAAAGACGAUCAAUAGCCAUGAAAAUGUGCUAUGGCUUGCCGAUACGAAUUACAGAGUUGAUCUACCCAACGAGACGGUGAGAAUGCAUGCGCAGCAAGAUAACUACGAUGCAUUGGUAGCCGCCGACCAGCUGAGGGAUGCCGUCGAAGAAGGCUCGGUAUUCCAGGGGUAUGACGAGGGACCGCUUCUUUUCCGUCCGACGUACCGGUACGACGUAGGAACAGAUGAUUAUGAUACCAGCGAAAAGAUGCGGAUACCCGCAUGGACAGAUCGAAUUCUGUUCAGAGGCCAUUUCGAUCUAGCAGUGUACUCACGAGCCGAAUUGAGAAGCUCAGAUCAUCGUCCAGUCUUCGCUCUUUUCCGGACAGAAGUACGGAUAGUCGACGCCGCCAAAAAAGCAAUACUGUCGCGCCUUCUUCUGGACAGCACAUUGCAAUCAACGAACAACGAGCCGAUAGACGAGAAGUUGGCUUCCCUUGUCCUGUCUGCGGACGUUGUCUCUCUCCCACCGCCGAGUUCGGAGGACGAGGCCUGGUGGAAUAAACCUGAGCACCCAAAUGGCCAUUUUCCCAUUACCACGUACCACUUGGCUCCGAUGACAUCGAAUCCUUUCGACUCCGACGAUUCUCCUGGUUCUUACUCACCAUCAUCAUCGGAUGAAGAACUGUACACGCACGCGAUGGGCCUUCAAACACCCAUCGUACCUGUCCAGGCUACGGCACGGAAACCACCGCCGCCGCCGCCACCUUCAAGAUCUAGAAACACCUCGGAAUGAUGUAGAUUAUUAUACUUACGUAUGUGGAUAAGUGCACAAGAUAUACAAGAUAGGCCAAAUCAGACAAACAGGCAUCAACGGCGAAGGCAGAUACAAUUAGAUGAGGCCUUGCUUUUUGAGGUCCUCAUAAGUCUUGCGAUUGUAGACAUUACCUUCAUCAUCUUCAAGCUCCUCCAUUGUUUCUUGUUCAAAAAUCUCGUGCCGGCCCUCUCGUUUCAGCUUUUCCGCCAAAGUAAGUGCAUCUUCGAUCCGUGUGAUCUCAUGGAAGUGCUUGGUGUUUGGCAAGCCUAAAGCUCGCAUACCGAAAGCGUGCCGUGGUUCCUGGAAGUGCCGCUCAAAGUUUUUCCUUCCCAUGUAAACAUGAUCAGAGCAUAUUUCACAACGAUACUCCACACCAAGUCCAUGAAGCUUGUAUAGCCAAUAUGGUAUAGGUUUCCCGUCCCAACCUAGAGGCAGUUUGAGAGGAUUGUAUAUUCUUUCUUCUUCCUCCUCUUCCUCCUCGGCCGCGCCGUCUCCAUUACCGUUGGUCGGAGGAACUUUAGGUUUGGCCUGCUCAAGAAGCUCCUGCUCGCGUUCACGCGCGGUAAGCGAAAACUUGCGCUCAACGUUUGACUUCGUUUCGUUCAGGGCCGGCGCUAGGAAUGCAAGGAGAGCAGCUGUAAGGUACGUCACUCUAGCAACGACUCGUGUCUUUGCUUGGGCAGUAUCUUUAGGCACAGCGGCGGGGGCGGAAUCACCAUUUGGGUUGAUAGGAGGAGUGUUUGAGAUAGCUUGUUUUGCUGUUGCUUUAAGAUGCUUUUUGGAAGUGAGAUGCGCGUCAUAAACUGACUUCUUGGUGUAGUUUUUCUGACAUGCGAUACACCAAAUGUUUUCGCCUCCACCGUUCGCGGCAGCGACCUGCUUGGGGUCCUUCAAUGUUUCCCACGGUUUGAACUCGCCACCUUCCCACUUGGCGUCGAACUCAGUUUGAGCUUCGCGAUACUUUGUGUCGAGGUCAAACAAAGGCUGAGUCCGUUUGAUGAAAGAGAGCACAUAAUCAUGAAGAUUCUGUAUGUAUAUCUCAUAAUCACGGGUUGCCUUGGCUUCGCGGGGGAGCUCUUCAUGAAGCAGAGCGUUUUGGGUAGCAAGCAACGUGUCAAUGUACUGGAGAUAGGGUAGGCGCUUGCUGAUGUGUCGAAGGUUGUUGUAGGCAUUGUGAUUGGCAUACAAGUCUAGGUAUCUGCCAUAUGCCUCUUCACCAGAGAAGAGCAAGGAAAUGGGGUCUUCCUCCUCGACUUCGUCCACGCCGUCCUGGUUUCCCUCUUCAAGGAGCGCCUCAAGCUCGAGCUCGAAUCCGCCUGUGCCAGCAUCAGGAUAUUUGUUGUAGUGCUCCUGUAUUUUUCCUAACCGCGUGUAGAACUCAGAGAGAUCUGACUGCUGAGCCGGGUUGGAAACUGAGUCAAGUUCAACCUUGCGCGCCUCCUCGUCCUCGUAGUGUUUGUUUAGCGUGACGCUCCGCGAGGUGAUACGGUCGAGAACCUCGGAGGCCUUGUGCUCUGUCUGAAGCUUGGUUUCAUGCGACGGCUGGUUGCGGGAGAGGAGGGCAUAGAGGGCGCGUUCGUACCGUUCUAUUUCUUCGUGCGUCUGUCUUUGAGCCUCGAUAAUU